AUGACGGAACCAAAAGUUCCAAAGCAAAGAUCAUGGCUUUAUAUAUUUGUAUACCUAGUUCUUUAUGAAGGUCUGAUGUCUGGUGCCAUUAGUGGUGGUAUAAAUUUUGCUAUCUCGUAUGGUAUGUACGCAAAGCGUUCUCGUCAAGUCACCUUAUGGAGGUUCCCACAUACAAUGUCAGGAGAUUGUGCUGUGACGCUGUUCGUUCAGACCGUUCUCACGCAUAUCAUAGAAGAAAUUAUGGUUGGAUGGGACUGUUAUACUGGUGAUACAUUCUAUUUCCCAUCUCUGCCACUUGGGGGAAGAUUAAAUAAAUGGGCAUUUAAAGCAUUGGAAGUUGAUAGGGGCAUGGUACCCUUCGGACUAAGACCAGAAGCUAAAGAAGGCGCAAAACCUACGUUUAAAGGAUAUGUGAAACAACUAAUAACGUAUGAUGAAAAUAGAAGUAAUUUUGUAAACUUCAUAAUAUGCGCAGUCCACAAGGUAAUACUCGCCCUUUUAAUAGCUAUUCCGAUUUGGUUCGUCGAAUGGCCAGUAACGAUGGGUGUAUUGGCUGGUAUUGGAAAGUAUAUCGGAGGUAUAGAAUACGAGUUAGGAAACUAUCCUAAGCCACAAGUCAUUAAACUAGUAUACACCGUAAUAUUGGGAUGGGUAUCUACACCAAUCUCAAUCGCAGCAGUCAUGUUAAGAAACCAAUGGUAUGUAGAGUACUAUUCCGGCAAUAAUCAAGUAUUAAACGGCGAAAACGCUAAACUGUUUGACUUGGAGAAAACAAAGAAAGACAACGAAAAAAUAGUAAAAAACACCGACACAUCCUCAUCUUCAGAGAGUGAUGAGUAA